CCCAUUAUUAUAUCUUCAAACAUUUCAGCACGAGAUGUACAGUUGACAUCAAAAGUGCCCUGUUAUGUUUACAUUCAUUGUUAAUGAACAGGCAGGUUUAACUCCUGAAUGCUAAUACAAUUUAACAAUUGCAUAAUUUCUAUUGUGCUAUCUAUCUAUUGUGCAUGUAUGAUUGUAGCUCUGUUUUGAGAGUGAAACGUGUAUAAUGGUAGCCUGCUACACAUGCCAUUAGUGUUAUCAAAGAUGGUGGAUGUGUUAGCAGUACUCUUCCUAGUUUAAAGGCAAUGGAAUACAAGUCUAACUAAUCUAGUCUAGUCUUGCAUUGCCAGAUCUCCACAGCGCUGUAAAUCUAAUCUAACUACUAAUCUUUGUGGGUGACUGGCUCUUAUUAUAAUGGCCAAUGGUAGGGGGGAUCAUCAAAGUGGUGCUAACAGUUUACACUGGGGUGUGAUGGCCUCUCCUGCUUGCUUCGUUUUACGCUCAUUUCAGGAGAAAAGGGGUAUUAUCUUGAUCGUUGCUGUUUGCAGGAUGUUGUAAAUCUCAGAUGUGUUACUGGCCAGCAUUCCAGGGGUUUUGAAGAAAGAGCUUGUCUUGUCGUAGUCGUAGCUUAAAGAUUGUACUGUCUUAGAUCAAACCAUGCAGGGACUUUUCCCCAACCCUGGCUCUCACAUCUGAUCUAAGAGCUGAUUGGUUUAGAUGUUAAAUCAACAAAAUGAUGUUUUAUAGACAUUUUGAUUCUUUUUUUUUAGUCUGAUUUGUAGGUUUAUUCUGUUAACAUGUUAUGUGACUGAUGGUGGCAUUUAGUAGUCAGAGAGUCUUAAUCUUUUUUUAACAGAUCAUAAACUAUGCAUUGUCUAUUAUUGUAUACUAACAUUGGACUGUUAUUGAUGUAUUUAUAGCAACAUAAAGACUUCUGGUAAGUGGGAUGUGAGGAUUCUUAAAAUAACAUCUGUAUAGGCCUACAGAUGUAAAGCCCUGGAGAAAGGUCUGGCAAUGCCAGACUAAAGCCCUGACUAAAUAUCUGACUGAUCAAUUAUGAAAGCUUUUGUAUUUCUUUACUAUGUGUUUGACAAUUGUUGAGUUUAAAAAAGUUAAAACAAUGCUGAUGUUUUGAUAACCAUGUAUUUUUAUGUUUUUAUGUAUUCCAUGUAUGCUGCAGCCGGGUUAGGCAAAUAGUAUUGAAUCAAAUACUGUUAAUAUCCAUAACCUUCUGUUUCAUACUCUCCUCUCUCUCUCUCUCUCUCUCUCUCUCUCUCUCAGAUAGAUUAGAUCAAUGUAAGCCAUUUAGCAUAUUGAAAGAAACCUUUUGUCUCACUGCUGACCCCUGCUGUCGUGCAGACUUGACUAGAACUAUAGAAAUGUUUAUUCCUGUAAGCUUGAAUAGAAUUGACACUCACAAUGGUAAAGUCUUUGAUCUUGUAACCUCAAAACGCAUGGACUGGGAAAUAACACCUUAAUUUGGGAGACGUCUGACCAAUAGGGAGAGUUUUCAUUUGAGGAACUGCCCACGACUUCAAGGGAACAUAUUUGUGGAGCUGGGAGAUGUUUGGGACUGUUAAAUGUGACCAAGGGUAAACUUGUUUUUGUCAUGUCAUUUUGUUUUAUUAAAUCUUUUGUUAAAACUUCAUUGGACCCUGUGGCCGGGUUGGCUCAGUGGGUAGAGCAGGCGCACAUAGACUGAGAGAUUUAUGCCUAACUUGUUGUCACCGCCCCCUCACUGCUGCUGCUGCCUCCUCAUCUCUUUCACUUUACAGACGAACGCGCACCGUUUGUGUUUAAAUAACGUUUUGCUACGUUUGAGUCGGUGCACGAAGACAACCGAGAUUAUUACAGCUGACUUCAUAUUACAUCCUUCACACAACUCCGUUGAAACAGAAACUGUCAAAGAUGGCAUAUGGUGCAACCAUUGUUUUCUUUGACCUGCAGACCACUGGAUACGACACUCCAAGUUGUCACAUCACCCAGUUGUCGGCCAUCUGUAAAGACAAAAGAUUUAAUGUCUACACCUUUCCCUUCCGGGACAUCCAUCCAGUCGCCCGUCGACUGACGGGCUUCACCGUCUCUUAUGGCCGGCUGUGUCUACACGGAAGACCUGUUGGGACCGUCCCUAUUUUUUAUGCUCUCAACUCCUUCAUCAACUAUCUAAGCAACUUCCCCGGCCCCGUGCUGCUGGCUGCCCACAAUGCAAAGAGGUUUGAUGCACUCAUUCUCAGCAGAUUGCUGCAAAGGUUCUCCCUCUGGCAGAGGUUCCAGCGGGUGGUGUCUGGAUUUGUGGAUACCUUCAUACUAAGCAGGAAGCUCUUUCCUGAUCUGCCCAGGCAUAAUCAGGAGUCUCUGGUCUACUACUUCCUGGGAGAAUCCUACUAUGCCUAUAAUGCAUUGAAGAAUGCCACGAUGCUGCAGAAGCUGUUCAUCUCUUGGCGUCCCUCCAGCUUCUACGUUAAGGAAGUUACUUUCUUCACUGAAGAAUUUGUUUUAAAAAGCUACAAAAAAUAUAUAUAUAUUCCAUUUAAAUAUUAAUUCCAUCAUGUAAUCCCGGUUGGUUGGCCAGACUGAUAUUUUGAACAUUGAGAAAAAAACGACGGGUAGAUUAAUUUUCUUGUUUGAAAGGAUGUCUUUUCUAUUUCCAACACGUAGAGUAUCGUCACACAUUCGUGUUCCUUUUCAGCAUAACAUGUAUAGUUUACAAUAAAGGUGACCUGUUAGGUUACAUUUACUAUUUCUCACCCAAACACAGGUGUAUCUUAAAGAAAGAUGAUUUUUGAUAUAUAUUUUUAAAUCCAGUAUUUUUAACAUCCACACUCAGCUUGCAGUCUUUUUUUAAUUGACUUUUCUGGCAAAUGUACGCAUUACCUUGCAUAUUACUGCUACCAACAGAAAUGUGUGUCAAUUGCCAUAUGCCACAGGGUACCUUUUACUGUAAAAUACACAAGAGUAUGUGGACAGGGUUAUGUACAUACUUUUGGUCAUGUAAUAUGCUUCAUUCCAUUUACCUCAGAAGUCUGAGGUCAAUACUGGGAAUGAGGUCACACCAGGUUGACUGUUCCAGUAACAUGUCGUUAAAAUAUCUUUCAUGGGGUAGGGGGACUUUGCCAGGUUAGCCAUUGUUAACAAUACCUGUACCAAUACCAUGUUGGAUUGAGAUGUUGGGGUUUGCAAGUGGGAAAUCUGACUUCAGGGGGCGAUCCAGUUGACAUUUCGGAAUUUUCAGUUCAACUGGAACGCACCAAGGGAUGGAUCGAUGUGGGUUUUUCCAGUUGAACUGGGAAGUGGGAAUUUCUAAGUUCCCAGUCGGAAAUGUCAACACCCCCUGAAGUCGGAUUGCCCACUCAGAAAGUCGAGAGGACUUCACCAACCCGGACAUCCCAAUCAAACAUGGCUGCAUCAAAAGCUGUAUGAAUGUACUGUUUAUUGGCACUACUGUCUUAUUUGUGUCUCAUUUAGUCAGCGAUACACAAAGUAAUGUCCAUCUUCUAUCUGUAGACAUAUUGCUAUUGGUGUUUGUACGUGCAAAAUACAACUAAAUGAGUUAUCAACUGGUAUUGCUAACAAGAGCAAUAAAUAAAGACCCUUGUUUUUCCGA